CUCAAUCAGUUACCAAUACUAGAGACAUGAUCCGUUUUACAUGGUACAGAAAAGCAACAAUUGAAUUGAGAACUCCAAAAUCCCCGUAACAUUCAGUGAGCUGUCAUGCUACCAUCACACUACUCAUGCGUCCUGAUGUUCAUGUUCUUUCAAUAAGCUGAUAUGACUUCUAGCUAUAAUUUGGAUGACACUCAGCUGACUACAAGGAUCAUAGAUCAAUGGGGUCUAGCCACCGUACACAAAUGUAUUUUUUUGGUACUCUAGUAAUCGUGAAACACCCCAAAUCAAAUAGUGUCACGUAUCCAUUUUAACAUCCUAUUAUUUGUAUCCUUGUGCGUUUGUCUCCUUCAUUUGGAUCAGAUCUUUUAUUCGGUAGGUUCUACUAAGGUACUUAGCAUUUUCCAAAUCAAUAUUACGACCAACAGGAACUAGCUAACUAUCAAAGCAGAUGAAAUUUGAUAGGCUCACCGGAAACCGGAGCUUGCAGAUUGGAUGUCCAUGGUGGCCCUACAAGGUUGACGUGUGGGCCUAUGGAUGAUAGCCAGGUUAGACCCUUGUAGACAGGUGGUCGGUCACUGUCAGGCCAGCGAGUGCGAGCCAGAUAAUACAGUCGGCGACUCACCGGAAUUCUUUUUAUUCAUACAAGCCAACAGUACCAUGCAAAGCAUAAUUUCUAUUUAGUAAUUGGAAAGAGGGAUUACAAAUCAUUCCCAUGCCAUCAACAUCUUAAAAUAAAUCCAUAAAGAGACUGGGCUUGGUUCCUAGGAAUCUAUUUCUUCUCUUUAUAUUCACAAAUCCUUCCCUUCUUGUUCACACACCACCAUAGACAGAAGCUAGCUAGGGCUGAAAUCAAGAACAGCAUUCAUGGCCACCCAACAUGAGAAUUAUUCACUAGUCUCUAUAACAAAGAGAGUUUCCGUGUACCCCAAAUCACUGCGUCCCCAACAGCUCCUCAGCCUGUCCAAUUUGGAUAGGCAGUGUCCAACACUCAUGUACUUGGUUUUCUUUUACAACCCAUCUCAUGCUUUGAAAAAUUUAUCCAUCAAGACGGUUUUCAGUAGCUUGAAGUCUAGCCUGGAAGAAACCUUGUCUGCCUGGUACCCAGCUGCCGGUAGGCUGACUUUGAACCCUAGUGAUGGGAAGCUUGAACUCUGGUGCAACAACGGUGGUGCAAUUCUAGUUGAGGCAGUGACCCAAGUUCAAAUCUCUGAGCUUGGAGAUCUCUCAGAGUACAACGAAUUCUACGAGAAGCUCGUCUUCAAGCCAUCUUUUAAUGGGAAUUUCUCCGAUAUGCCUCUCCUUGUUGCCCAGGUGACAAGGUUUGGAUGUGGAGGCUACUCGGUGGGUGUGGGCACGAGCCACUCCUUAUUUGAUGGACCAGCUGUGUUUGAUUUUCUUCGUGCAUGGGCUUCUAAUACAACUAUGAUAGGGAGUACAGGUCUUGAUCAUCAGCAGCAUAAGCCCGUGCACGAUCGAGGGACACUGUUGGCUUGUAUGCGAUCGCAACCAGCAAGUGCUAAAUUGGGUAAAAACCCGAAUUCAGUGUCAAGAGUUGCAGCAAUAGAUCAUUUAUAUCUACUGAUAAAACAAGCUGCUAGCGAUUGGAAUCAUGUCUCAGAUGGGAAGCUUGGUGGGCAGAAGCUUUCCCACAUGGGUAGCUCAAAUCAAGACAAUUAUGUGCUCAAGACCUUUCAUCUGAAUGUUUCAAUGAUAGAAAGCUUGAAGAGGAAGAUCUUUGGUGAGAAGAGAGGAAGCCUUCCAUGUUCAUCCUUUGAGGUGGUUGCAGCUCACCUGUGGAAGGCAAGGACCAAAGCUUUAGGACUAAGGAAGGAAAGAAUGGUGUGCCUGCAAUUUGCUGUGGACACAAGGACCAAGAUGGUGCCGCCACUGCCGCAAGGCUUCAGCGGGAAUGCUUAUGUACUUGCAUCCAUAGCUCUAACAGCAGGAGAAUUGGAGGAAGAAAGCCAUGGGAGCUUAAUCGAGAGGAUAAAGGAAGCCAAGAACUCGGUCACCACCGACUACAUCUGUGCAUACAUGGAAGCACUGGAAGCACCUCAGACCAGUCUCCCUCCCCUUAAGGAGCUAACCCUGGUUUCAGACUGGACAAGGAUGCCAUUCCACAAGGUCAAUUUCCUCCAUGGAGAAGCUGCCUUUGUAUCACCACUGGUUCCUCCUAUCACCCAAGUGGCAUACUUCAUGCACAGCCCCACUGAAAGUAGAAGCAUUGAUGUGAGAAUUGGUCUACUCCCACAAACCUUGACUGCCUUCUCACACCACUUCCUCACCAAUAUGCAAUAAUUUCAAAGGCCAACCCCCUUUUUUUCAGUUUAUCUUAGGUGAUGUGAAACAAGAUGCUUAGAAAAUGAUUAUCUGAUAUGAUAAAUGGGGAUUUGUCGUCGUUUGCGAACAGAUUAUCCGACAAUGAUGUAUGAAGAAUGUCAUUAGGUAAGACAUAUAAUCCAAAACAGAUUUUCUGUCAA